AUGUUGCCAACAAGUGCAGUUCAGCUGCACAUACUUUUAGAAAACCCUGUGUUAAGACAUUAUUUUUUGAAAAAAAAGAAAAGGCAAGCUGUUCAUAAUAUGAAUAAGUGUCGUUCAAAGUUUGGUGAAUUUCACCACGUGUACAAAAACUUACGUGAGCAUCCAGACCGUUUUUUUAAAUUUUUAAGAAUGUCUAUCGCAACUUUUGAUUUUCUGGUGAAUAGAAUUAAGGGUCGAAUUUCAAAAAAAAAGACCAAUUUUAAAGAACCAAUAUCGGCAACAGAACGAACAUAUGUCACAUUAAGGUAA